AUGGCGAGUAACCCGGGCAUUAGUCCUGACGUGUCGAAGGAUCUAGUGAACGACCUCGAUAAAGCCCUAGGAGGCGAUUUUUCCUUCAAGGGCAAGUUCUACUACGCGUCGCAACAGCCAACUGCGCCCAACCCCUGCCUCGCCAUUGAAGGACUCGGAAUAAUUGGUCUCCCACUCAACGAACGCGAAGCCAAGGCGAUUAUCGCGUCUUCCAAGCAGGCGCCGUUUGGAAAAGGAAAAAAGACACUCGUUGACAAGACCAUUCGCAAUACAUGGGAGAUUGAAUCCGAUAAAGUCACCUUUUCCAACCCCAAGUGGACGACGUGGCUCGAGGCAACAGUUUUCAAGACUGUGUGGGACUCUCUGGGCGUCGCCCCAUAUACGACACGACCUCGCUGUGAACUCUACAAGCUUCUCGUUUACGAAAAAGGAUCCCAUACCCAAAAAGCUGAUGGCAUGUUCGCCACUGUCAUCGUCGUCCUUCCAUCCGCCUUUGAAGGUGGAGAAGUAAUCCUUUCACACUCUGGGGCAACUGAAACCGUUGACAUCACGGCCAACUCAGCGAUGGAAACGUCCAUUUUGGCGUGGUACACCGACGUGAUGCACGAGGUUAGGCCCAUUACAUCUGGGUACCGACUGGCAUUGUCCUACAACCUCAUUCAUACCUCUCCCAACGUCCCGCGACCUGUGUUGCCCGACAUGAGUGACGCAGCUAAACGACUUCAGGCUGUUCUCCGCGGCUGGAAGGAGGAAAAGUACCCCCAAAGUGCCAUGCCUUCCCCACCCUUCUUCGCUUAUGUUCUCAGCCAUCAAUACAGCGGACUCAACCUCUCCUCUGGAACUCAGGGCCUCAAGGGUGCGGACGCGCACAAGGCGGCCCACCUGCUUCCGAUUGCCAAAGAACUGGGCUUUAGCGUUGCGUUCGCCGCCUUGGAAUACACUGUUACUGGGACCAGUUCAAGCGGAGGCGGUGGAUGCGGCUACGGUUACCGGAAGCGAAGGCGCUAUGGAUACUGGGGCAUGGAUGAUGAAGACGAGGACGAUGGUGAGAUGGACGAAGUCAUUGACGCCUCUUACACGCUCUCCAAGGUCACCGACAGUGAAGGAAAUCAGUUCCCUGGAGUGUACACCCUGGACGAGGGAGCUCUCAUUCCAAAGGACCCCUUCAGGGAUGCGACGCCUGACGAUAAAGAAAGCGAGGGAUACAUGGGAAAUUAUGGUGGGGAGGUGAAUCACUGGUACCGGCGAACUGUUAUGAUUCUCUUCGAGUCCAAGAAUGAGAUGCAAGUUAUGUCGAAGCUCAGCGGUGGACUACUUUGGGGUGUUUCCAAACUCCAAUCGACUACUGCACGCCCGUCCAGUGAGGAAAAGGCAUAUGCGGCCUUCCUCCUCCAAUCCAUGGUCACCCAGCCGGAGAGGACCUACUACGGUUCUUCCAAGCCCAGUGAAGACUCCGUGCGUGUCAAGGUCGCGCUGUUGGAAUGUGCCGUGAAGUGGAAGGAUGCGUCUCUUUGGUCCCAGGUCGUCGCCAAGUGGGACUACUCGUUCGAAGCCAUUGGGCUUGAUUCUGUCCUUGCGGCCUUCGGGAAGUUUACGUUCGACUCUAUCAAGCAAUGUUUGGAUGAGAUGGUCAAGCGAGCAUCGAAGUUGGAUGACCGUUUGAAGAUCGUCAACAGUAUAGCUCAGAAGGCUGGAAAGAAGCCCAAAGUUGCCGUAAAGAAGUGGAUCGACGAGCAGUCAUCCUCAAGCAUUGCGAGUUACAACACCGGCGAUGUCACUGAUAUACCGAUUCUGAUUUCAGUCGCCAAGUCCAGAGGCCUGCAGACACUGAACGACACGGUGGUACUCAAUAUUUCCGGGAAACCGAAGAUGUUCGACUUCUGGAUGGGUUUUGCGGAUGCUUUGCACGAGGCGCGGGGAGAGAUCUCUGCAGAGCCAGCCUCCAUUGACGCCCUCAUCAAGAAAUGUCUUGAAGAGGGAGCACCGCAGUGGACCCAGGCAGAGCCCAAGGGAAUUAACGGACAGCCUUACGAGAAUCGACAAGCGGGAGCACAAGUCCAUCGAGCCAUCAAGGUGGUCGAAAUUGGACUGAAGACGAAGAUCACCCAACCGGGCAUCGCCAUUCUCAACGAAAUUCUCAAAGGUGCUGUCCCAUCUGACAAAACUCCGGAUCAGUUCACCUGGGUCUAUGCCCCUCUCAUCAUUGGCCUAAAGGAGACGCUGAAGAAGUUUAACAUGGACUUUUCGACACCUCCCUUCUCCGACCUCGUUCGCUACCUCGUCCGUUUCUACCUUAGCGCCGUUCUCGGCGGGAAACCUGCAACUGGCGUGAUCAAUCUUCGCAAAGUCGGAUGCGGGUGUCAACAAUGUCAGCAAAUCGACCAAUUCAUCAUGGAUUCCUCUUCGGCGAGGUCCAACAUCCAGUUCAAAGCGCACCUAAGUGUCCGUUCUCAUCUCGAGUCACGCAUUGCUCGUGCACCUGAUCUCUUCACUUACCAAACGAUCCGAUACGGUUCCCCGCAUACCCUUUCAAUCGACAAGUCUCCGGCGAUCGUGGCGUUGGCCAAGUGGGAGGCGAAGGUGAAAGCUGCGAAGGUGUUUUUGGCGGGAGUGGGGAACGAGGAAAUGUUGAAGACGCUUUUGGGCCCGCAGGAUUGGCAGAAUGCAGUCGGAGCGUUGAGUGGGGUGAGAGCGUUUUCUGGGUUUGUACCCGUUCGUGGUGGUGCGGGUGCGGGUACGAGUGGAAGCGUUUCGGGGGCCCCGGCAACCUUGGUUGGACAGGGCGCGGCUGGCGUGAAGCGCAAGCAACCUGGAGGAACGUGA